GUAAGGAUUUCCGCAUCGCCAUGUUGGUUUGGUUACAACAGCAAGAAUCAGCCAGCUAGCAAAGCGGUUUAUGGGCGAGGGGCACUGAUAUGACGGAGAAGACCCGCUGACGUCUGUGAAACUUAUCUUUACAAAUCAGCUGGAUUGACUGUUGGCGUCCUCCCCUCUCUGCCACAGGUGAAGCUGUGAGGUGAAGGUGACACCCCGGGACCAUGUUGGCUCGUCUCUUUAGGCUCCACGGCCUGCUGGUGGCCUCCCACCCGUGGGAGGUUAUAGUGGGCACCCUGGCUCUCACUGUCUGCCUGGUGUCUAUGAACACCCUGGCAGCCAGCAGCCAGAUGUGCACCUGGAAUGAGUGCCCCAAAGUCGAAGAGAAAAUCCAAAGCAGCGACAUAACCAUCCUGACUAUUACCCGCUGCAUGGCCAUCGUUUACAUCUAUUUCCAGUUCAAGAAUCUCAGACAACUGGGAUCCAAAUAUAUUCUGGGUAUUGCAGGUUUGUUUGCAGUAUUUUCCAGCUUUGUUUUCAGUACAGUGGUCAUCCACUUCUUUGGGAGAGAGCUGACAGGCCUCAAUGAAGCCCUGCCAUUCUUCCUUCUGCUCAUCGACCUGUCGAAAGCCUGCGCAUUGGCCAAAUUUGCCCUCAGCUCCAACUCUCAGGAGGAGGUGAGGGAGAAUAUAUCCCAGGGCAUGGCCAUCCUGGGCCCCACCUUCACCCUGGAUGCUCUGGUUGAGUGUCUGGUCAUUGGGAUCGGAACCAUGUCAGGUGUCCCUCAAUUAGAGAUCAUGUGUUGUUUUGGCUGUAUGUCGGUCCUGGCCAACUACUUUGUCUUCAUGACCUUGUUCCCCGCAUGUGUCUCACUGGUCCUGGAGCUGUCCAGGGAAAGUCGCGAGGGUCGCCCAAUCUGGCAGCUGAGCCACUUUGCACAUGUGCUGGCUGAAGAAGAGGACAACAAGCCGAAUCCUGUGACUCAGAGGGUUAAAAUCAUCAUGUCUCUUGGUCUUGUUCUGGUUCAUGCACAUAAUCGACUAGCAAAUGAGAAUCCGGGUCACAAUCGAACAGUGGAGGGGCCCGUAGCUAAGAGACUGGAGUCCGAUUAUACCACAUGGCCUCUGAAGCUCACCAGUAUGGACAUGGAGCAGGUGAUUACCCUCAGUCUUGCUCUGCUCCUGGCUGUGAAGUACGUCUUCUUUGAGCAAACAGAGGCGGAGUCCUCGCUGUCCCUCAAGAGUCCCAUUAUCAGCUCUGCUCCAAACCAGAAGCCCUGGGUGGCAGGGGACUGCUGCAGGAGGGACUUCCCGGCCCAGAAACGACACAAGACGAUGAAUGGUUUCCUGGCAACACACAUAUCCCCCCCAGCUGUUCCAGAAAGUAAACUUUCCCCUGAGGCUGACAUGGCGAUCACAGAAAAGAAAGAAGUAACUCCGGCUCCAGCAGUUUCAGAGGAAAACAGCCCUUGUAUUUCACGUCUUGGAGAUUCUCCUGCCCCGGCACCUUCUGUUCCUCUAAGUAGCUCCAAUUCAGAGCCCCGUUCUCUGGAGGAAUGUGUGACCAUCCUCUCCGAUCCGCAGAGAGGUGCCCGUUUCCUCAGCGAUGCAGAGGUGAUAAACCUGGUUACCCAACGUCACAUUCUUAACUAUAAAUUGGAGAUGCUCCUGGAGACUCCAGAGAGGGGCGUGUCAGUCAGGAGGGAAAUGCUAUCAACCAAACUUCCUGUUCACUCUGCCUUGGCUUGUCUGCCUUACAAGGACUACGACUAUUCUAAGGUGAUGGGUACUUGUUGUGAGAAUGUCAUCGGGUACAUGCCGGUGCCAGUGGGAGUGGCUGGUCCUCUUCUGUUGGACGAGAAGCAGUUUCACGUUCCUAUGGCGACCACAGAGGGCUGCCUGGUGGCCAGCACGAACAGAGGAUGCAGGGCACUUUCUCUGAGUGGGGGUUGCCGCAGCAGGAUCCUAGCUGACGGUAUGACCCGGGGUCCCGUGGUGAGACUGCCCUCAGCGUGUCGGGCUGCAGAGGUCAAAGUCUGGCUCGAGACCUCGGACGGUUUCAGCCUGAUCAAAGAGGUUUUCGACCAAACCAGCAGGUUUGCUCGUCUGGAGAAGCUGUUUGGGAGUCUGGCUGGGAGGAACCUGUAUAUGCGCUUCCAGUCUCAGACAGGAGACGCCAUGGGCAUGAACAUGUUAUCAAAGGGGACUGAACAGGCUCUGCUCAGACUCCAGCAGCAGUUUCCUGACAUGGAGGUGCUGUCAGUUAGUGGUAAUUACUGCACUGACAAAAAAUCUGCUGCCAUAAACUGGAUUCUGGGCCGGGGCAAGUCUGCUGUCUGCGAGGCCACCAUCCCUGCCAAGGUGGUCACGGAGGUGCUAAAGAGCAGUACAGCUGCUCUGUUGGAGCUCAACAUCACCAAAAACCUGGUGGGCUCGGCCAUGGUGGGCAGUAUAGGGGGCUUUAAUGCUCACGCUGCCAACAUUGUAGCUGCCAUAUACAUCGCCUGUGGACAGGAUCCUGCUCAGACAGUAGGAAGCUCCAACUGCAUCACUCUGAUGGAGCCUGCUGGUGCAAAUGGAGAAGACCUGUACAUCAGCUGCACCAUGCCCUCCAUAGAGCUGGGUACGGUGGGAGGAGGCACCAACCUGCUGCCACAGCAGGCCUGUCUACAGAUGCUUGGUGUCCAAGGUACCAGUCCCAACCAGCCUGGCGAUAACGCCCGGCAGCUGGCCUGCAUAGUGUGUGCCACCGUCCUGGCAGGAGAGCUGUCUCUGAUGGCCGCUCUAGCUGCUGGACACCUCGUCAAAAGCCACAUGACCCACAACAGAUCCAAAUCAAAUGUAUCCGAAACCCCUUCGCAAAACUCUGGAGACGGCAAGUGUUGACGUGAUGGCCAUCUGCAAAGAGUGAAAGUACGCCCCCUGGAAUCCGGCACAAGAGGCUCUCCUAAUGAUGUGUUUCUGAGGGGAGAGCUGCGGGUGGUGGAAGACAAAUAACUAAAUACACGCUGAAGACAGUGGUGUGCUCAGUUUGUGACUGACUGCAAAAAGACUUUCUGGGUUGAACUGUUGCGUUGCUUAUUUGUGCCAUUUGCCUGCUUCUUCUUAACGUCGCAGUAGUAUUUGAUCAAGGCUUCGCUGAUCUUUCGGACAACUGGGAGUCGUGAUACGAUUUCGACGUGCGUGUGCACUACGCUGCUCAAAAGACUUUACCAAGUACCCGGUGUGCCUCUGAAGAGUCGUAAAAGCCAAGAGCUUCUCCCAUCACACACGGAAAGACACAGCUUCUACAUUCAUGUAUGAGGUGAGAUCUUCAGACAGGUGACUUCUGAUUUCCUUCGGAAUAAAAAGAAAAUCUUUGCACUCGCCAAAAGCUGUUUCUAAACAGAACUGCAAGUGUAGUUUCAAACACCAACCUUCUGCCUGAAUGUAUGUGGUUUAUAUCGGUGUUGUUGGGUAUGACUUGCUCAACACUUCAUGAGCUGAGGUGCAACUGUAUACUGUGUAUACUGCAGAAUGACUGUGGCGGCUGAACCUCCAGGUUUUUGUCACACGUGGUUUGUUCAGACGCUGAUCUACCACUAAGACGUUAGAGGCAGGUGUUAUUUUUCAGGCUAAAAGGAAAAACAAAGCCAUAUUAAUUUAUUCAUUUUUAAGGUACACUUUUAUUUUACAUUUGUGCAACUAUUGAUUUUUUUGUUUUUUUGUUUGCAUGGUUGAAGCAAAAGGAUGAGUUUAAAGGAGACACGAUGCUUUUUCAGUUUUUGUCUUUCCUCUUGUGUGUGAUGGAUCUUCUGUAAAAGAGCUCCUCCCCGUGACAGAAAACACAGAAGCUCCUGAAACACCUCGUCAGCCGCAUGGCCAAUCCGUUUCCACAUCGUCGUGAGGAUGUUUGAAAGAGGAGCUGCAGCAAUGGACAGUAUGAGGAGACUGCUGUUUCCAGAACAUUAGAGCAUGGAAACCUUUAAUAAAAAAAACUGAGCCUGGAUAGAAGCUGAAUGUCUCCUUUUAAAAGCAUAACUCACUACAGGUACCGCAGGUCCUGGUAUUUUCAGAAAGCAGCAAAGCUCAGAAGUGGCCUUACAUACAGUGUCUGAGAUGUUGAGCCUUAGCAUGUUCAAAUUAGAAUAUUCAAUUAUAAAUUAUUCAUGUCAAGAUUGUACAAUGUUUUAUUUAAAAGAUAAACACUUUGUUCCCUCUGA